CCGAAUGACUUAUGUCAGAGCUUCCAGAGCAGGGACGCAAGUCGGAACGAGAAGUCCCGGUCGGCGGGGAACGUUGUCGCUUCUGUGCGUUCGUUAUUCGACGACAGUCAGUCAGUGAUAAGUGGACCGGAGGACGGAGAAGAAGAAGCAGAAGAGGAAGAAGAAGUGGAGAGAGGUUAGCCACGACGUCAGUCGGUUCCUGAUGUAACGCAGCGACGCCGACGCAGCCUUGUCGCGCGGUCACGUCGACAAGAGGGUUGGCCACGCAGCAUCGUCAGCAAUUAGUGGCCCGCGCUAAUCGCCGGUACCAUGAUGGCUCAAUUCACCAAGAGGCAAUGGCUCACGCUCAUCGUAAUUAGCCUUGCCGACUUCGCCAACGCUAUCUGCGUCUCGCUGCAGGCGCCUUUCUACCCCCAAGAGGCUGAAAAAAAGGGUGCAUCUCCAUCGGAGUAUGGCUUGGUCUUUGGAAUUUUUGAACUGGUCGUCUUCAUCAUCAGUCCUGUCUAUGGGCAAUACUUGCACCGUAUCGGGCCGAAGUUGCUCUUCAAUGGCGGCAUCCUGACGACGGGCACUUGCGCGAUUUUCUUCGGUCUGCUGGACAAGGUCAACGGCCAUUACCCUUUCAUAGUCCUCUCGUUCGUAAUUAGGAUCGUCGAGGCGAUGGGCAAUGCGGCCUUCCUUACGGCCAGCUUCGCCAUUAUCGCCAAAGAGUUCCCAGACAAUGUAGCGACGACUUUUGCUAGCCUCGAAACGUUUUUCGGGCUGGGCCUCAUUGUUGGGCCUACCGUGGGCGGCGCUCUCUUUCAGGUUGGCGGCUACACUACACCGUUCGCUGUCCUGGGAUUUGCUUUGUUCAUCACUGCUGUCAUGACCAUUUUCAUUCUACCAGUUCAUCCUAACAGCAGCGAGACUACUCAUGCCACGGGAGGUGUGACGAAGGUCCUCAGGAUCCCAGGAGUACUGGUCGCCACGUCGUCCAUAAUUGCCACCAGUAUGAGCAUAGGAUUCUUGCAAGCCACGCUGGAACCCCAUUUAAGGCAAUUCGAUUUGAGUCCCGUUAUUUUGGGCCUAAUGUUCGUCCUGAAUGGCGGGACUUACGCCAUUACCGCCCCAGCAUGGGGUUGGCUUUGCGACAAACAUUCUCAUCCGAAAGUAAUUAUCUUAAUGCUGCUUAAUGGUGUGGCGGCGGCGGUGUUCCUCAGCAGUUGCACGCGAAGACGAAAGCCGUACACGGAAAUCGGCGCGUCGGAGGAUUUGAGGAUACCGUUGACAGACAGCGGCCGGUCGCGGAGCGGCAGUCUGCGUCACGCUGGACGCGGUCAGGGUGUUCCGAUCGACAGGCCCAGCGGCAUGAAUUCCCUGAUCGCGUGCAACAGUUACUCGAACAGGGCGGGCGCGUGGUCCCGGGCCUCGUACAGCGGCCGCUAUUCCCACAGUUAUGGGUCCGUCGAGGCGAAGAGGUACCUGGAGAUCACCACGUGAUAUGCCCACGGCUAGACGACCGACGCGAGUGUAGCAGCGAAUCUCGGGCAGGCUCGUGGCAACAGCUCAUCGUCCACAAUAUUGAUCUAAUCUUUAUUGUUUACGGAUAGAACGUUUUCGAUCGGUCCCAUUCCAUCGUGGAUCUUCCGAGUGUGUUAAAAUACUGAGUUUCAUCUGAUAAAUAGGUUCGGUGUACAUUGCACGAGGUGUUCCGGAGAUAAGUGAUCGAAUUCUGGACGGUUACGAAGCUAGACACCUUGUUCAAAGAUUACUUUCCCUUUUCUUAACUGAGAAGUUUGGUUUACAGUUGAGCUCGCUCCGUUAUUUGGUUAUUUAUUUAAGGCACGCUUCGCGCGAUAGAUCGUUCUUGUUUAGAGUGUUUCAUGAAAUUUCUUUUUCACUCUAUCGAUGGUGUACCAAAGAAACGUUAGGAUCGUAGAGAAAUUGUAGAAACUCGCAAGACUUGGUUGUACGCCAUUCGCGUGUUCCGUUGGUGAUUAUGUUAAAUGUAGUAUAAUUAUUGAUCAGCUAUGUAAUA